UAUCAUAAAAUUUUUGUAAGAAGUUAUUGAUACUUAACAUUGUUAAUUUUAUUAUGUCUAUUACCAUCAAGUACAUCAUGUUUGUUAUGUGGGAAAAUGGGGAAAUGGGAUGCAAUAGCAUGAUUUGGGAUGGUGGAUAAACAAGAAGUACAUGUUCAAUGAAACUCACACACCAUGCAUGUAAUAACUCACACAGAAAGAUUGACAUUUUUUUCUAUUUAGAAACCAUGGAAAAUAUUACUCACUGCACCUCACAACCUGAAAACAUAACGCAAUGGCUACACAGAAAUAUUGUCCUCUUGUCUCUAUUUUCUGUCACAUUAUUUUCUUGCUCCUGAUUUCCCAUCCACCCACCACACUUUCCCAAGAUCCGAGCUCUUCUAACCCGACCAUAGCGCAAUGCACAUCAACCCUCCUUCCUCUCAUCCCUUGCGCACCGUUCGUGCAGGGUACUUCUAAGUCUCCUGUGCAAGCAUGCUGCGGCAACCUCAGGCAACUCUACAGCCAAGAGCCUCACUGUCUUUGCCUUCUGCUGAAUGACACUACCAUGAGCUCUUUCCCCAUUAACAAGACACUUGCUCUGCAGCUGCCGGCACUUUGUGCCCUUCAAGUUGACAUCUCCACCUGCCCAGGGGAACAACUCCAAGUGCCUGUUCCUGCAACUUCGCCGGCUUCUCCAAUGUCCUUCAGGGCAAAGAACAGCUCUAAUGUUGCUGCUUCUCCUGCAGUUUUAGUUGCACCAAGAUCAAGUAUGAUGGGAUUCCAAUUUGGAAGUAGCCAGAGCACCAGCUUAAAGGCAAAUAACAGAGUGGCGGCAGGGCUGGUGACUUUGUCAAUUCUAUUGCUCACAGCAUUUCAAGGAGUGUUAGAGCUGAUGACUUUAGCAAUGUUGUUACUACUAAUUAAAAUUAAGAUUGAAAUAAUGUAUUUAAUUCAUGUAGGAUUCACUUGAAGAGAUUGAGACUAG